UUUAAACCUGUGUAUGACUGUCGCGGUUCACAAUGCGGUCUGUGCUCGGCAAAUUCGUUACCUGGUGUGGAAUCGCCUGGAUUACCGCAUGUCUCCUCUGCCGACCUGCCUCUGGUUUGCUCCAGUAUUCGGCUGCUGAGCUCCUCCGGCUACGAGGCUACCUGGCUGUCCCCCCGCCGGUAAACCUCCUGCGCCUCCACCCGGACAUUGCCCUGCUACCUCGCCGGAGAUACACACACCGGGGAUCUCGCCGGAGCUUCCACUCCAACGACGCCUCGGCCAUAACAUCUAUCUGGUCCACCACUCGCCGACCCCGCAGACCUCCAGAGCGAGCUGUCAACUCCAAAACACUAGCCAUUCCGGCUAGGUUGACAGCUAACGCCUCCCCGACAGCCAGACAGGACAACCAUUCAGUCAACUUUGGACUUCUUAACAUCCGCUCACUCACGAACAAAGGUAGUCUCAUCCACGAACUCCUCACCGGCCGUAAGAUUGACUUUCUCUGUUUAACUGAAACUUGGCAACAACCCGGCGACUUUUCCCAGCUCAACGAAUCCACUCCACACGGCUAUGUUUACAUCUGUCAACCCCGCGGCUCUGGUCGUGGGGGUGGUCUCGCGAUAAUCCACCGCGAGACUUGGAAAGUCCAGCCAGUAUCCGUGCCCACUCUCACCUCACUAGAGUGCACUGUUUGCCAACUACCCGGUCCCACUCCCACCAUUAUUGCCUCUAUCUACCGCCCCCCUAAGUCGCACAAAGACUUUUUAAAUGACUUUUCAACCCUUCUCACGCACCUCUCCACUCUCUCCCCUAAUAUCAUUUUGUUAGGGGACUUCAAUAUUCACAUGGACAACCUCAAUCUCCCCCUAACCCGUGACUUCUCAUCGUGUCUUGACAGCUUUGGAUUGCAGCAAUUUGUAGAUUUCCCCACCCACUCUAAAGGACAUAUACUGGACUUAAUCUGCUGCUCUGGCCUCUCACCCUCCAACUGCUCAGCUGAUCACCUCCCCAUAUCUGACCACUCUCUUGUCACCUUCAGUAUCACCCUCUCUCUCUCUAUCAUCAAGACUAUACUACAAUACCCACAUAUUACACUACAAGCUCUCCAUUUCUCAAACUAAAUCUAACUAUUACUCCUCUUU